CUAAUUUACAUUUCUUUUUACUAACAAUUAUUGAAUGUAUAUACAAAAGUUUGUUUUAAAAAAUGUUAAUUAAUUAACAUUAAUGUAAACCCAACAUCUUGCAGAGCACAAUAUUAAUAGCUGCUUUAAAUAAAAUAUAUACUAAAUUUAGUAAAAAAAAUAUAUAUAAUCUAUACCGGCAGUGAGCUAGCCAAUCAAUCUAAUCUAUUCUCUCCAAAAUGAAAAUAUAAUCAAACUAAACUACUCAACGAUUACAAAAAAAAACUUCUAUAUCAACAUAAAAUAUACCACAAACUAUUUGAUUAUUGAUGAAUUAAUAUUAAAAUAAAAAUCAUUUGUCUAACUAACGUUAAGGUGUUUGCAAGAACUUUCUUUUGUUUGUAGAAAAUAUUCAUAGAACAGCAAGUGCGACGAAUGAUUGGGGAAUACACAUAAAUUAUUAAUACAAAAAGUUCAAAGGUGAACUUUGCACAGAAAUAAUAAAUAUAGAAUCGAAUUAAACAACAUAUUAUUUCCAAGACAUUUUGUGCGUUAAAUAACAAUGGUGGCUUCUUCCAAAUUAAGUCAAGUUUUUACAUAUGAAUCAUGGGUGCAUGCCAUGUCGGGAGCAGCUGGUGGUUGCAUAGCCAUGUCUACUUUUUAUCCCUUGGAUACCGUACGUUCAAGAUUACAAUUGGAAGAUCCUGAUAAAACCGGAGAGGCACGGAGUACCAUGAAAGUCAUCAAGGAAAUUGUUUUGGGCGAGGGAUUCCAAUCACUAUAUCGUGGUCUCGGGCCAGUUUUACAGAGUUUAUGUAUUUCUAACUUUGUCUAUUUCUAUACAUUUCACACUUUAAAAGCUCUAGCUAGUGGAGGCGAUAAACGACAACAGAGCGCUCUAAAGGAUUUAAUGUUGGGUGCCAUAGCUGGAAUAAUAAAUGUCUUUACAACAACACCAUUUUGGGUUGUUAAUACCAGAUGCCGUAUGCGUGAUGUAGCCGGCACUUCGGAUGAAGUAAAUAAGUAUUAUAAAAGUCUCUUCUCCGGUCUACAGUAUGUAGCUAAAACAGAAGGCGUUAAGGGUUUGUGGUCCGGUACCAUACCGUCAUUGAUCCUAGUAUCGAAUCCUUCAUUGCAGUUUAUGAUGUACGAACUGUUGAAGCGUAAUUUAAUACGUAUUUCUGGUAAAACAGAAAUCUCUAGUUUGGGUUAUUUUCUUAUUGGUGCUGCCGCUAAAGCCUUUGCCACCGUCUUAACCUAUCCUUUGCAAUUGGUGCAAACCAAACAGAGACAUCGUACAAAGCCUGGCAGCCACAGUGGACCCUCCACAUCAAAACAAGCACAAGAAAUUGGCAUGAUACAAAUGAUAUUGGAUAUAGUAAAACAUCAAGGAUUUAGAGGCCUAUUCCGGGGCAUGGAAGCGAAAAUUCUGCAAACUGUCUUAACGGCCGCCUUAAUGUUUAUGGCUUACGAAAAAAUUAAUAAUACAGUUGGUCUACUCCUAAAGAAAACCCCCGCCAAAGUGAUGUAAUAAAAAUAAAAAGGAAAAUAUUUGGUUCAAUAAAAUUUAGUCAUAUUUUUAAGGUUGCGGCUGGGAAUGUUGUACAUUCCAAUAGUUUUACUAAACGAUUAAUGCUGGCCUAUUUUUAAAGCAUUACGCAUUUGAAAGCAUUAAACAAUUAAAACAUUAUUUAUUGGUAAAAAUAAAAAUUAAUUUUAGUUUGGA